AUGUUCCCGGAGCGCGCCAGCCCACAUGGCUUCGACGGGUGUGGCCCGCACUCGGCAGGCCGCCCGUUCCAGCCCCCGCCCGUCCCCAUCCGACGCGGUCUCUUCACGGCUUUUCCGUCAGAGCUUUCGAUUCUGCACAAUCGCAUCCUUGGGUCCCUCCUCCUUCUUGGGAUCGCGUACAGCGCUCCAUGGCCCAGGCACCCGGCGUUUGGAGGUUACAUUGCGGACGAGACCAGGCGAAAGAAGACCGUCCCCGCUGCUGCCGCCGCCGCCGUCUGCGUUGCACCCGAGGCUACUUUGCACUCUCGCCUUGCGCCGGGGAUCGGGGGAUUCGGGACUGUCAUACUGUAUACGCAACCCGUAGUAUUACUGCUCGUGAUCUAA